ACACAGUACCUCUACAGGCCCCUCCCACUUUACAGUUUAUAGGGGGUAUAUAUUGAAGAGGCAAGAGAUGGAGGCUUAAAUUCAGGAGAGGCACACAGUGACACACAGACAGAGGGAAACAGGUAGGAGACGGAGAUACAGACAGGCACACAGAGGCAGACAGAAGGGCAGCCACACUACAUCAGAACCUACUACUGCCACCUCUGCUGAAGGGCUCUGUCCUCUUUUUGCUUGGCUCCUCGAUGUCUGCGUCACGGUGGGGAGAAGGUGCCUGUAUGGGACUCCCUGAGCCUCGCUGCAGAGGCUCAUGGGACCUCACUGUCAUCGAAGGGCUGCUAAAGUCAGAGAACAAGCAUCUGCCCUCGCCACUUUACGUGUCUCUCAUUGAAGAAGAUUCGCACACCAGGGAGGCCCUGGCCAACUGGACACUGCAGGUGUGCAGUGAGCACGGCUCUGUGGACGCAGUGUUUCCUCUGGCCAUCUCGCUGUUAGACCGCUAUUUGUCCCAGUCCUUCUCCCUGCCCAUCUCGCCGCUCUGCCUCACUGCAGCCUGCAUUCUGCUGGCUUCCAAACUGGCAGAUGAAAAGGCUGUGGGCGCCGACGCCCUGUGCACAGCUGCCCGCUUCGCUUUUCUCCCACAGCACCUGCGGGACAUGGAGAUUAUCGUCCUAGCAUCUCUCCAUUGGGAUAUUACUGCCGUGACCCCCCAAGACUUCCUUCCACACUUCUUGUCUGCAUUGAGGGACAGGGCUGGGACCCUCGGCGGAGACACCGAAAGCUUGCGCUCAUUUCUACGCGCUCGGAGCAGCACCCUGGCCGCCUUGUGUGUCUGCCAGUCCCAGUUUUUGGGAACACGCCCCUCCGUGAUUGCAGCGGCGGCUUUGAACUGCGCCCUUAGGGAGCUGGGGCUCCAGCGAGUUCAGCUUGACAGGAUGACCAGCACACUAGCAGGACUUUGUAAGACAGAUGCGGCAGCGGUGCAGCACUUUUCUGAGAUGAUAGAAAUUAACAUGCUCCGGAGGAGUCAGAGGAUGGGACUGAAGGAGAGGGAUCUGAAUGUUAAUGUCAGUGAUGAAGAAACACAGGAAUGCAGAGCCAGCACACCAACGGACUUAAGGGACAUCGAUUUUUAGGCAAUUGUGAAAUGUGCUGCGUAAUUUUACCACUCAAUCGGAUGAGUUGUUUAGACAAUUUACUAAUAGGCCCACAAUUUUUC